CGCGGAGCCUGGUUAUCGCCUGUCCAGCGCAGCCUGGAGUCGCCCAGACCUGAACUCCUACCCAGGUCCCCGGCCUGGCCCCAGCAGGCUCGACCCCGGCCCCGGGCCCGCGAGGACACCGGAGGUCACCCCCCGGGGAUGGGAGCGGAGCCGCGGGUCAGCUCUGCGAGCGCCCGCGCUGGCCUGUCCGGCCCCGCCCCUGCCCCGGGCCAUGGCCCAGUCCUUGUCCCGGCCCCUUUUCCUAUCCCGAUUCGGGCCUUCUCCCCCGACCCCGCCCUCGUCCCGCUUCCCACAUAAGUUCCGGCUCCGGCCUGGGUCCCAGCGAAUGCCCAGAUCCGGGUCCCAGCUCAGGCCUCCACUCCAGUCCCUGGCCUGGUCCCCAUCCCAGCGCCUGCCCCUGUUUCACCUCCUUUCCCAAAUCCCAGCCCGGCCCUUGUCCCAGACCCAUUCUCAAAAUUUGCUUAAGCCCGGGGCCCAACCCCUGCCCUUCCUCCAGUCCCCAUCACAGUGCCUCCUUCCAUCACAUCCCCUACCCUUGCAUAAGUCCCAAUGCCCAGCCCAGCCCAACUCUUUAUCCCAGUCUUCCCCCUCAUCUCUGUGUUUACCCAGGUCUCUCCCACUACCCAGCCCUCUCUUUCAUACCCUGCCCCUCUCCCAGCCUCGACUCAGGUCUGGGCUCCAGCUGCCGUCAGCCUUACUGCUGUUGUUGCUGUUGUCUGUCCUUGGCCCAGGGGCUGGAGGCCUCUUCCUGACUGACUACUCCACCUGCUCACCCCGAAAGCUGAGUCCCUUCCGCUCCUUUGCCAGCACCGAGCUCUUCCACUUCCAUGUUCCCGAAGACACAUUCCUGGCCGUGUGGAACCUCAUCAUCUUCAAAGAGCAGGGGGGAACCUUUGGGGACCACUGCCCAGACCAAAGUGUGACUGUGUAUUUCCGUUCUGGGGCGCCCCCCGUCAUCAAUCCCCUGCACACACACUUCCCAGGGGACACGGCUGUGCCUGGGGUUUUCUCACUGACUCUCAGCUGGACACUGCCCAACCGCACCUCUGGCAUCUUUAACGUCAGCAGCCCCUUACCUGGGGACUGGUUCUUGGCUGCCCACCUGCCCCGGACCCACGGCCACAUCUCUGUCAAGGGUCUCCAGGAUGAGUGUCAGUACCUCCUUCAGCCGCAGCUGAUUGUCCGGCGUUUGUUGGACGUGGCUGUGCUGGUGCCUGGGCGACCCUCCGAGCAGACCCUCUCCCUCCACAAUCGCUCAGCCCUGUACAAGGUCUUUGUGCCCAGCUUCACUUACAGGGUUUCAGCGCAGCUCGUGUGCGUGGGGGGCCACGGGGCAUCCGCCUGCCCCCUGACGCUGCGCCUACGUCCCAAGGCCCCACCCCUGCACAACUCAAGCUCUGUGGCCUGUGGAGGUGCCUCAGUAUGCCAGCUGGAGCUGGCACUGCCCCCCUGGGGGCACUGGGUCUACGUGCGUGUGGAGACACCAUCCCGGGGCCCUGGCAGGACCGUCUGUUUCCAGCUGUGCGUGCGGUUGCAAGAGUGCCCACAGCCCAGCCUGUCCCGUGCCCUGGUCCCUGGAGCUUCCAUGAACAUGCCCCAGUCACUGGGCAACCAGCCACUGCCCCCAGAGCCAUCAUCCCUCACGGCCCUUGCCGAGGGGCCUGGGGCCACAUCCCCACCUGAGCACUGCUGGCCAGUGCGCCCGACGCUGCGCAAUGAGCUGGACACCUUCUCCGUCCACUUCUACGUCUUCUUUGGCCCCAGCGUGGCCCUCCCCCCAGAACGCCCAGCCGUGUUUGCCCUGAGGCUGCUGCCAGUGCUGGACAGCGGAGGCGUCCUCAGCCUGGAGCUCCAGCUCAACAAUUUAAACAAUUCUUCCCAAAGAAAGGAUUCAGAAGUGGCCUUGCCUUCUCAUCAGUCUUUAAAAGAUCUCUGCUGUGGAAGAUCUGGUGUUUCCCAGUUUUUCGGUUUUAAGAACAAGGAGAGCUCCCUGCGCCAGGAAAAUGUGACAGUGUUCGGAUGCCUGACUCACGAGGUGCCCUUGAGCCUGGGGGAUGCAGCAAUGACUUGUUCCAAAGAGUCCCUGGCCGGCUUUCUCCUCACGGUCAGUGCCACCUCCCGACUGGCGAGGCUGCGAAUCCCGUUCCCGCAGACGGGGACCUGGUUCCUGACCCUGCGCUCCCUGUGCGGGGUGGGGCCUCGGUUCGUGCGGUGCCGGAACGCGACGGCCGAGGUGCGGCUGCGCACUUUCCUGUCCCCGUGCGUGGACGACUGCGGGCCCUACGGCCAGUGCAAGCUGCUGCGCACGCACAACUACCUGUACGCGGCCUGCGAGUGCAAGGCUGGAUGGCGGGGCUGGGGCUGCACCGACAGUGCGGAUGCGCUCACCUACGGAUUCCAGCUUCUGUCCACGUUACUGCUCUGCCUGAGCAACCUCAUGUUUUUGCCCCCCGUGGUCCUGGCCAUUCGGAGCCGAUAUGUGCUGGAAGCGGCUGUCUACACCUUCACCAUGUUCUUCUCCACGUUCUACCAUGCCUGUGACCAGCCAGGCAUUGUGGUUUUCUGCAUCAUGGACUACGACGUGCUGCAGUUCUGUGACUUCCUGGGCUCUUUAAUGUCCGUGUGGGUCACUGUCAUUGCCAUGGCUCGCUUACAGCCUGUGGUCAAGCAGAUAGGUGUUUUGAUGGCUGGUGCAGAGGAUGGAUUUUGGAGAGGAUUUGGAGGCUGAAAGUUCAGCAACACAGCUAUUGCACUAUUUGAGAGAGAGAUGGUGAAGUCAGUGUCAGUGGAAAGGAGGGGACUGAUCUGAGAGCUGGUAUGAGGUGGAUUCUCUAGGACAUGGCGACUGAUUGGAUGUGUGGGGUGGUGAGGGAUGAAAGAAAGCCUAUGGUGACUGCCAUGUUUCUGGCUUGGUGACUUGGGGGGGUGUUGGUGCCAUUCCCUGAGAUGGUGACACACCUUUAUGGGGCAGAAUGAUGAGUUCAGUUGUGGAUAGUUUGAGUUUGAGGUGCCUGUGGGAUUCCUGGAGGGAGAGGGCCAGCAAGAAGACCGUGACAGGCAGAGCAGCUGAACCAGGUCUGGAACCCUGGCCUCCUGGGUCCCAAAGCAGGGGUCCUUUGUUGUCUCCUGACUUGUUCAAGUGACUUUCUGGAAUACAGGGCUGUGGCCACCAGAUACUGCUGCCUCCUGCUCAUGUCUGUCCACCCAUUUGGACUAAGACCCCGGACUGUCCACAACUGCCUGGGGCACGCCCAGCAGCACAGGAUCCAAUCCCCAGAUGUGACAUUGUGAGGGCUUCUGAGGGACAGUUCAGUUCAGUAACCCUCUAUUGGGAAAGCUCUGUGGGAGCUGCAGAGACAUGCCAGACCUGGUUGAAUCCCGCCAUCAAGGAGCCCACAUGGUGGUGAAAUACCAUAGAUGCAAAGCAGAAUGGGAUAGGUACCGAGUGAAAGAUACCAACAAAGUGCUGUGGGACGUAAAGGAAAGAGACACUAUUCAGAGUGCACCAGGAAAGGCUGUGUGAGAGAGCUGGUGUCUAAGGUGGCUUGGGAAAACAGCCCCAGGUCUCACCAGAGAUCAGCACGAGCAAGACACCAAGGUGCAAGCAGUGCAGACACUGUAGCGAGGGGUCACCGUGUGAAGGGGGUUAGUGGAACAUCGGGCUGGAGAAAGUGGGGGGCUGGGUUCCGGAGGGCUUGAACUCAGCUGAAGAACUAGAGCUUCAUUCUGUCGUUAUGGGGAGCCAUUGUAGGUUCUUGAAUGAGGCAUCAGCCAGUGUCUGGCCAAAGUAGCAGGACAAGCGUGAGUGAUAUAAGGCGUCUGUUGUAGAGAACAGAGCUGUCGAUUGUGGGAGCAGUUGCAGAAGCCUGUGCAAAGCUGGGCCUCUGCCCCUGGUGUUGGGCCUGAAGCUGCUCUCGGGGUGUGUGAAUGGGGAGGUGAGGACAGACCAGCACCCAGGAGGACAAACCGGAGCCCGUGUCUGGG